AUGGCCAGUAUGAUGCAUAGGCCUCAAACUCAGAAGCCCAAGGAGGGCCAACGCAAGUUCUCCCCUCCUGGCCCGACUUAUAUGUCCGACGACCAGAUCGCGACCUAUUUGAAAGAUCUGCGGACUAAUCGUCCUACACGUCCUGGCGGAUCCAGGCCGCUUCCCGUAAGACCUGCUGCGGCGCCUACUCAUCCUCAUGAUGAUUUGCCUCCGCGAGCGGCAUCGGCGAUGUCGUCUUAUGGUCCACCGAGGAUGCAGUCUAGCCCUCCCUCCCCAGAGGCCAGAUUCCCUCGGGCCACCAGUUCGCUCUCUAACCAUAGACCAGCCUCCGCUUUGGGAGGUCCCACCGGACGUCCUUUGGUCCAGGAACCGAGAACCAUCCCAAUUAGGCAAACUGUAUCACCCGCCCAGGUUUUCUCGCGGGUGGAACAGAUUCCCCCACGGCCUACAUAUCGUGAAAAUCCCCAGCGACGCAUAGAGAAAGAAGAGGCAAGGUCCCUGCGUGAUGCAUUGCAGGAAAUGGACCUCCAUGACGAACAUGAUCUCCACGCUGCUGCCCAAGAUGAGGCCACGGAACUGGUAUGGAUGCAUCAAAAUCCAGGUAUACCGUAUAAGAACCCCUAUGCACCUUACCAGAAUCCCGAUCUGCAAGAUCUCCAGCAAAGCCCUCCAAGAAGUAGCUUCGCUUCUCAUAAUGGCGGUCCUAGCUCACCCACAGCUCGCAGGGACAGUCGUCGGCUUAUGUUCCAGGGAUCGACUGUUAGCCAUAAAGGGACGAACGGCUUUCGGGGAAGUGAAAGAAAGUCCUCAGUCGAUGGAGAUUCACAGACCAUUUUGGAAGAAGGGUCAAGCCCGAUGAAAAGCCCGACUAAGGGAGGGAGCCUGCGAAGAAGCAUGAAGGUCAAUUUCGCACUCCCUCAAGAGGGUGAAUCGACGGUGACCUCAGGCGAUAAUCAUGGAUUAGGCUCGGCCAGUGUCAGGAGCGAAACAUCCAGAGGCAUCUUCAGAAACCCGAACGACCAAAUCUACGAAGAGCCCCAUCUUUCUCCUCGGAAGGAUGAGGGUAGUCGCUCAAUCUUCUCUAGAUCAGAUUCAUCUGCUUUGAGGAGUAAGCCCCGGAAUGCCCUUCCUCGCGGGUCCCGACCUCUGCCUGGUCGCUUAGGUAGUCUCUUAUUCGUUGAUAAGCUUUCUCGCUUCGAGAUCCAUAAGAAUCCUCCGAGUCAAACAAGAAAUCCUGAGUAUACGACGAACGAGCCUCGGUCUCAAGAAGCGCCGCCUGAACCUGAGGCACCUCAGCAGCAGAUUCCAACGAAAGAUGGCCUUGAGAUCCGCAGUGACGAGCUUCGAGCUGCAACGAGCAAGAAGCUCAGGGACCGCAGCACCAGGCUUCCUAUGCCCACUGCGGUGAGCGACCGAGCCGGUCGGCCUAUAGUGAGUUUCGAUCCCAGAUGGAAACCUACCGAGGCACAAAGCCCUCCCAAACGCGACAAGGGCUGGGAUGCAACGCCCCCACCGCUGCCUCCAGCGCCCACGAUCGAAGUGUCCGAAGCACCAUCCGUCCCGGUAAUAAAUCUACCGGACGAUAAGGAGCCUAGAAUUUCUGAGAUCUCUGGCUCUCGCGGGGGCUCCGGGAUAGCUGUGAAGCCAUCACAAAAUCCGCCAAAAAGUAAUGCAGGCCUGAACCGGGCUCCUCCAAAGACUGCGACAGCCUCGGCGAGUCGUUGGCUAUCGACUUAUACACGCUCCGGGGUACCUACUGCCAAGUGCGAGAGCUGUACACUUCCAAUUGCUGGAAAAAUUGUGACUGCUGCGGGCACUCGAUUCCAUCCCGAGUGUUUUGUGUGUCAUCAUUGUCAGACACCUCUUGAGUGCGUGGCGUUCUACCAAGAGCCCGAUGCGAAGAGAGCUGAGCGACUAGCCGAGUCAGCGGCCGAUGAUGAAGAAGCUCGAGCGUUGAGAUUCUACUGUCACCUCGACUUCCACGAGUUGUUCAGCCCCAGGUGUAAGAGUUGUAAGACACCGAUAGAAGGGGAAGUGGUCGUGGCGUGCGGGGCCGAGUGGCAUGUCGGUCAUUUCUUCUGUGCUGAAUGUGGUGAUCCCUUUAGCUCAGAGAAACCAUUCGUGGAAAAGGAUGGAUUUGCGUGGUGCUUGCAAUGCCAUUCCCGCCGGACCGCCCCCCGCUGCCUCGGCUGCAAGAAGCCCGUCCUGGACGAUGUGGUGAUCUCUGCCAUCGGCGGCCAGUGGCAUGACCAGUGCUUCGUCUGCCACGAGUGCGGCGACGGGUUCGGGCCCGAGGGGCGGUACUUUGUCCGCGAGGGCGAGCCCAAACGAACGGCCAAGGGCCGCAUCAUCGGAGGCCCCGUGCAGCUCGCCGUGUGUGAACGCUGCGAGGGCAUCCGACUGAAAGCAUCCCCCUGA